GGCGCCGGGCCAUAGGGCAAUGAGUGCUUUGGGGGAAGGUUGGUAGAGAAGCGCCCCGGGCAAAGUCGGGGGUAGGGCUCCAGAAACUAGCUGCCCUGGGGCGGCCAGCCAGCGCCCGGGGGGAGCCCCGCGUCCCGCCGCGUCUGCCCCCGGAAUCGUGGCGCCGGACGCACCAGGAAGUGACUCUCCCAAGCGGCUACGAUCAGGGCCCUGGGCCUUUUCGUUAACCGCCUCCGAUUAAGUAAGAGGGUUUGUUGGUUAGGAAGGUUUGCAGGUUGGACACAUUGAGGUACAAAGAAGUCCAGCGACACACUUCGAAUCAGAGCCUGAGGCAGGGCAGUGUCACACAUUGAACACCUGCUGUGUUAGGCACAGACCUGAGCGCUUGUAUAUAUGAGCUCAUUUAAUUCUUAGCACAACCCUGAAAGGUGAAUUUUAGUGUUUCUGUGGUUGGCUGGUAUUAAGAGUCCGAAUGCAUAGCCCAAGAUGCUUCCUCUCCAGGGCGGAUCUCUUCUCCAAACCAGGGCUGCUCCCCUGGUGUGCCAGAAAACCUCCAGGUUGGUCACAGCUCUUUUGGGGCUCAGCAUGUAAGGGAAGCUUCACCCACGUGAUAGCCAAGAAGCGUCAAAGAGGACAGAAAAAUCAGAUGAAACCAAGACAUCUUGGACCACUAGAUGAUUCCUGGCAGGAAAGGCUGGCUGAUGUUGUGACACCACUCUGGAGGCUGAGCUAUGAAGAACAGCUCAAGGUGAAAUUUGAAGCUCAGAAGAAAAUUUUACAGAGGCUAGAAUCUUACCUCCAAGUGCUCAAUGGAGUCAACGUGACAACAGCUGCACGCAGAUCCAAGGAGCUCUGUUGUUUUCUCCAUCCCAUUAUACCUUCUCCUGUCAUCGAUGGCUACCGAAAUAAGUCCACCUUCUCUGUGAACCGAGGUCCAGAUGGCAAUCCAAAGACUGUGGGGCACUACCUGGGAACUUGGAGAGACAGGAACAUGGUCUGUGUGCGGUCUAACCGUCUGAAAAACAUCCCGGAGAAACACAAUCAAGUGGCACAGUACUAUGAAGUGUUCCUUCGACAGUCUCCAUUGGAGCCCUGCCUUCUGUUUCAUGAAGGCGGAUACUGGCGUGAGCUCAUAGUCCGCACCAAUAGCCAAGGGCACACAAUGGCCAUCAUCAUUUUCCAUCCCCAGGAACUAAGGCAGGAGGAGCUCUGUGUUCAGAAGGAGACUGUAAAGGAGUUUUUCACCAAAGGGCCAGGAGCAGUCUGUGACUUGACAUCACUUUACUUCCAGGAAAGCACAAUGACCCGUUGCAGCCAUCAGCAGUCUCCCUACCAGCUUCUAUUUGGGGAACCCCACAUCUUUGAAGAUCUCCUGGGCUUGAAGAUCCGCAUCUCUCCAGAUGCCUUUUUCCAGAUUAACACUGCUGGUGCAGAGAUGCUGUAUCGGACUGUGGGGGAGCUGAGUGGAGUGAAUUCUAACACCAUCCUCCUUGACAUCUGCUGUGGAACUGGUGUGAUCGGCCUCUCUCUGGCUCAGUAUACCUCCCAGGUCCUUGGGAUUGAGUUGGUGGAGCAGGCAGUAGAGGAUGCCAGGUGGACCGCAGCCUUCAGUGGUAUCACCAACUGUGAAUUCCAUACUGGUCGAGCAGAGAAGAUUUUGCCACAGCUACUAAAGUCAAAGGAAAAUGGGCAGUUAAUCGUUGCUGUGGUGAACCCAGCCCGGGCGGGACUGCAUUACCAGGUGGUUCAAGCCAUUCGAAACUGCACAGCCAUCCACACACUAGUUUUUGUUUCCUGCAAGCCCCAUGGUGAAACCACAAGGAACAUCACUGAGUUGUGCUGUCCUCCAAACUCUGCUAAGAAGCUCCUCGGCGAGCCUUUCGUCCUAAGACAAGCUGUGCCCGUGGAUCUGUUCCCUCACACCCCGCACUGCGAACUCGUGCUUCUCUUCACUCAAUAAGCAGCCUCCUACAAGCCUGCAGGUUCUUUGUUAAGGCUGAAGUGUCAAGUAACUUCCAGGUUCGGCAUAUUGCUACCUCGCAGACCCUGAGAGCAUUACCAGGGAAACCAAUCUUUGGAUCCUGAGCAGGAAGAAUACAGUGGGUCUCCUACCUGAGGCUCAUUUCUAACCUUAGUUUUCAGGUUUGCUGGCUCUCUUGCAUGUUUGCCUGGUUGUGACCACUCCUUGGCCCUGGAUCUGGACUGUUCCUUCCUUUUGCUGUCAGCCUGUUAUGGCUCCCUUGAUCCUAGUCUAUAUAGUCUGUCUCCUCUGUCUGGCUCUGCCUGAGGUGGGGUGACAGCUGAGCUUUUCUCUGUAUCUGGUCAUAAUGUCACAUUGACCUGGGUUACUAUAUCUGCCCAGAAAUUUUACUAGAUGUGUUCUGCAUUCAUGAAGGAGACAAAGAUUAGAACUAGAAACAAGUCUAGCAUUUUUAAAAAGCAGAGUAAGCUUUGAAGCGAUUACAGAGUGACUGCGUGAUCUCAGUAGAGAUUCAUUCCUUUGGGUUUUCUGGGCUUUGAGGCUUCCAGAACAGCCUUUAAAAAUGUGGUUACACUUAAGAGCAAUACCGCCAAUUAGCUCUCACCUAUGGAGGGAGAAGUGGUUGUAGUAGAGACCCUAUGGGAAGGGAGAACAUCAAAGAAGAAACUGAAUACCUGUAAUUGUGCUUUGUAGUAUGGAGGCAGAAAGCUCCAGAAUCCCCUAAUGAUCCAGUAUAUAUAUACUAUAAUAAACUGGAUAUUGAAACUGACAUUCUCUAGUCAUGAUUUCUUCAACUCUGGAGUUGUUAUGGGAUACGUGCCCAACAAUUAAAUUAUGUUUUGAAUCGUAAUAGCCUAAGGACUUGUAACUCAGCACUGUCUGAUUUACAAACUGAUAUCAGGUCAGCUAGUGUUUUUAAUUCUCAAUCCUAAAUAUCUCUAGAGAAGCCUCUU